GAGCAGCAUCUUCCGCGCCGUCUUCCUUUCGCCAAAUUAAUUUACCCCCGGCCUCGCCCCUUCUGAUUUUUUUUUUUUAAUUUAUUUCUUUGUAUUAUUACCACUGGAAUUAUUUGUCGGGGAGCUCCGGCCGGGUCCCGACGGAGAGGGUGGAUUAUUCCUCGGGGGAUCGCCGCGGCUGCUCGGGAAGGUCACUGACACUGGCUGCAGUUUACUCACAAGAUACCAAUUAAACACUAAUAUUUGGAGAAACACUUGGAUAAGUACACUUCUUCAGCCAGAAUGCCUUUCAAAGCUGGAUUAGAACUGACUGAAUUGCAGAAUAUGACUGUUCCUGAAGAUGAUAACAUCAGCAAUGAUUCAAAUGAUUUCACAGAGGUGGAAAAUGGCCAGAUAAAUAGCAAGUUUAUUUCGGAUCGAGAAAGCAGAAGAAGUCUCACAAACAGCCACCUGGAGAAGAAGAAAUGUGAUGAAUAUAUCCCAGGAACCACUUCUCUGGGGAUGUCUGUCUUCAACCUCAGCAAUGCAAUUAUGGGCAGUGGGAUUUUGGGUCUCGCUUUUGCUUUGGCUAACACAGGAAUUCUCCUUUUUCUGCUGCUUUUGGUUUCAGUGACUCUGCUCUCUAUUUAUUCAAUAUAUCUCCUGUUGGUGUGUGCAAAGGAAACAGGCUGCAUGGUGUAUGAAAAGCUGGGCGAACAGGUCUUUGGAACCCCAGGGAAAAUGAUUGUCUUUGGAUCUACAUCUCUCCAGAACAUUGGAGCAAUGUUGAGCUAUCUCUUCAUAGUCAAAAAUGAGCUGCCUUCUGCCAUAAAGUUUCUAAUGGGAGAAGAAGAAGAUUUUUGGGCAUGGUACGUGGAUGGACGGAUUCUUGUUGUCACAGUGACGUUUGGUAUAAUCCUGCCUUUAUGUCUCCUUAAGAACUUAGGGUAUCUUGGCUACACCAGUGGAUUCUCAUUAAGCUGCAUGGUAUUUUUCCUGGUAGUGGUUAUUUACAAGAAGUUUCAAAUUCCCUGCGGCGGAUUGGCACUAAAUGCAACAUCAUCUUUCCUAUCAAAUAGCACAGCACAUGAACAUAUGUGUAAGCCAAAGUAUGUUAUCUUUAAUUCCAAGACCGUGUAUGCUUUGCCCACCAUUGCUUUUGCGUUUGUUUGCCACCCAUCAGUCCUCCCGAUCUACAGCGAGCUUAAAGACCGUUCACAGAAAAAAAUGCAGUUGGUUUCAAAUAUCUCAUUUUUUGCCAUGUUUAUGAUGUACUUUAUGACUGCUAUAUUUGGCUAUUUGACUUUCUAUGACGAUGUGCAGUCAGAUCUGCUUCACAAGUACCAGAGCAAAGAUGACAUCCUCAUCCUGACCGUGCGCCUGGCUGUCAUCGUUGCGGUUAUACUGACGGUGCCGGUGCUGUUUUUCACUGUGCGUUCAUCAUUAUUUGAGCUGGCUAGAAGAACAAAAUUCGACUUGCGCCGUCAUGUUUUGGUUACUUUGGUUCUUUUGGUUAUCAUCAACCUGUUAGUCAUUUGUAUCCCCAGCAUGAAGGAUAUUUUUGGAGUUGUAGGGGUCACUUCUGCCAAUAUGCUGAUUUUCAUUCUUCCUUCAUCAUUGUAUUUAAAAAUCACACAGCAGGAUGGAUCAAAGUUGACUCAGAGGAUUUGGGCUUCUCUUUUCUUGGCGCUGGGGAUAAUGUUUUCCCUAGUGAGCAUUCCCUUGGUCAUCUAUGAUUGGGUACAAUCAGGAGGCAGUGCCGAAGGCCAUCGAAGUUCCACCGCCGUAUGAAAAGAAGGCACCCCUGUUUGCUACACACCAAAAUCACAACCAUCCAUUCUGUUAUCUAUUCUAUCUUUGUGAGUCUACUCAAAUCAAAUCCAAAUAGUGAUUAUCCAGUACUGAAAACACUGUUAUGGGUGUAUUUUCUGGCAGACAACAGACCCAUUUUCCCAACAGGCGUAUUACUCUCUCCCCCAAUAUUGACUUAUCAGAUCAGCACUAAGUCUGUGUUAAUUGUCUGUGAGACCAUACACAGCGUUUCUCAUAGGAAUUCGUCGCAAUUAAUUUGUUUGUUUCCCUCUUCCACCCAUGACUUGCAUUGUUCUGUUGCUCUCCUUGGCCCUUCAACCAUAAGCUCUGCUCCUUUAUGGAAGCAGCGUGCCUGUCCCCGUCAUUGCAAAUCGUCACUGGAGUGAUGUCAGUUUGCACCCUUCACCCCUCCUCAUCUUUCAGCCAAAACUCUGCUCUCCAGUUGUACCCAUCCAGACUGUUGGUUUGUUUAUUUGUUCUGUGGCUGUUUGGUGCUCCAUUUGCCUCACUGGGUUAAGUGUAGCAUUCUGGAUACAAGCACGAAAAGCACCCUCAGAGCAUAAAUGAGCCUUGUGUAAGUGCAGGUCCUAAAUCUGGUGCUUCUCUCUGAUGCUGUGGUGGGGGAGCCAGCCCCAGGGCUUGGCCUUUCCAUGGCUCUGGGGAACAGACCUCUCUAUAUGUCUUUAUGACAGGAUUUGGGGAGCAGGAGAAGGAUGGCCACCAGCCACUGUUCCCCUGGUACACUUCAAUUGGAGCCUAACCAGAACUAGACUCAAUCCCAAACCAUGAGUACUUGAGCUUGAGAAGCAGACACUUGGAGAUUUCCACAGGAAAUCUACGUUUUCUUCAGCAUUAAACUGUUUACUCACACCCCACUUCUCUCAGAAAAAAAAAGAAAUACCAAGCUCCAGUUUUAUGAAAACCUACACAUUUAAUCAUACCUCUUGCCUUUUCCAUCCUGGGAUUCAUUUGUACAAACCUUGUAGAGACUGGCUCCUCUCUUGUGUCUUCUCUGCCUCCCACUGAAGUCAACAGGGAUUUUGACAGCAGUGGGAGCUGGAUUUGACUCACUCUGCCAAACUACUGGAUUUCUAAUGGGAAUUGAAAUCUAACAUUUCUUUAAGCAAACAGAAACACUUUUUAUAUUGAAAAUGUUUCAUUAACAUUUCUCAUCGAUUCUCCAUGACAUUUAAAGAAAAGACAUUCAAUUACUACUAGCAGAAACACUGUACCUUGCAUCUGUUAUCCACAAGAUAAGCAUUUGCCUAAUGCCUUAUAGCUGAUGUAGAGAACUACUUGUAGAGACUCAAACGCUAAGCAGGUGAUUGUUAUAACCAUCCUGAGCAGACAUCUUCUAUUAGUGCACUGCCAGCAGCAUAAACAUGUUCACUUUAUGUCAUUCACCAUAGGAGCUAAAAAGGGUCUCAAAAUAUGAACCCAGCUCCCACUGAAAGAACCAUGGCUACAGGGAGCUGUGUUUCACACCCUUCCCAAGGGCUGAGCGAUACCCUCAGUAUUGUCCAGCCAUAUCCUUCAGUGUUCAGUGACCCUCUUUUGUCCCAUAGCCGGUUCAUUGUCAACUCCCAUUGUAACUUUGGAAGGAGACUGUCAUCAGCUGUGGGGAACUUGCCAUUGCAGCUUGCUCUUUUUAAGGCUAGGGAUGAAGAAUUGAGGAUCUUGGGAUUUCUGUGAGCUAUUGAAUUGCCUCAGUUGCUGUUGCCUUGUCCUAUGUGGCUUGAAGUCACUGAGAGUUGAGAUCCCAGACCACUUCUUAGGACCUUGAAAGUUAGUUUCUAAUGGUAAAAUCCAGAGAGGUUAGUUUGGGACCUUCCUUGGAAUUUGAGCAUUGAGAUGCACAUGCAUUGCACAGGGUCACCAAGAUGAUCAGAGGUCUGGAACAUCUUCCUCAUGAGGAAAAGCUGGGAGAACCAGGGCUAUGUAGUCUAGAGAAGAGGAGACUGAGGGGGGAUCUCAUUAAUAUUUACAAAUAUCUAAAUAGUGGUUGUCAGCAGGUUGAGGCAUCCCUUUUUUCCAUGGUGUCUGACAACAGGACAAGGGGUAAUGGGGUGAAGCUGGAACACAAAAAUGUCCAUUUAAACAUAAGAGAAAACCUAUUUCACUGUGAGGAGGGUGAGGGAGCCCUGAAAGAGGCUGCCCAGGGAGGAUGUGGAGUCUCCUUCCUUGGAAGUCUUCAAAACCCACCUGGAUGCGUUUCUGUGCGACCUGAUCUAGGUGGGCCUGCCUGUGCAGGGAGGUUGGACUAGAUGAUCUCUAAAGGUCCCUUCCAACCCCUACCAUUCUAUGAUUCUAUGAUUUGUGCUACAGAAACUUAAGCCUACUAAACCCAGAUCUGUACCUCAGCCUAGGCAGCGUGGUACCCAGGUCUGCUGAUACUCUACUGUGAUCCAGAAAUAAGGCAGAGUGAGUCCACAGGCUGCCCAAGCCCUCAGAGUAGCCCAGCAGCAAGAAGAAAACUGGAAGCCUCCUCCCUCUGGGCAAAGUGACCUGCUAGACUGCAGAACAGGGUUCCCUUGCCUUCCUCCUUGCCCCUCCUCACAGGUUUCCAGCAAGGUCUGCAGUGCACAUCCUUCCUCCCAAGCAUCCCCAGGCCAAUACUGAACACACAGACCACUGAGCUACCAGAGCCCUGGGCUGAACUCACCUGUGCUUUCCUGUGGCUGGUCUCAAGCCCUUGCCUGUGACAGUGCAGGUCACCAGUUCUCUCUACACUCUGUGAGACUGAUGCCUGCCCUUAUUUACAGAAAAGUCCAUGCCACAGCCUAUGAGCCGAGGUGUUAGUCAAGCUCUGGAGAAAAGAACCCAUGCUUGGUUCCUAUCUCCUCACAGCUCAUUCCAGGCAUCUUCCCAGCUCAGGAUGUAAGUCUGUGGCUCUCUGCUUGCAGGCACGCAGUCCUCCCUGGUCACCACAGCAGGAGCCCAGCAUCUCACUCCAGUCCCUGACUCAGCUUGCUGGGGUCACAUUUCAGGUUUUGAGGUGCCUUAUAAUCUCUCUGGAUCUUAUCCUAGAAAAACUAACUCAGACCUGAGAAUGCUGUAGUGUUAUCCUCAAGAUGCUCCAGGGCACCUCCUGCUUUCCUCUCCUCUUUAUCCUUCUACUGAUUUAUGAGCAGCGCAGCUUUGUGCAUCAGGAGGUUGUGAGAGAGGAAAUCCUGGGAGUGACUUUCAAGUACCCACAUACGAGCUAGAGGCCUGAUCUGCUGCACAAGGUCCCAGCAAGGCCACAACCGCAGCAUCUCCCUCCCACCCAUUCCAGGUAGCCUGUAGUCUCCUGUUUAAAAUACCAAGUAUUGAGUUUUGGCCACCCAGCUUCCUUCAACUGAAAGGGCUGAUGGGUGAUUGCUUGCUCCUCCUUACAUGUUCCCAAAUCAGUACCAUCACUAUCCCUCACUCUCCUUUUUGCUAUUCUGCCUUCUACUUUUUAUUUGUAUACUAGAGUCUUUCUGGAUAAACAGAAGAAUGAGCUGGGUGUGUGCAUAGAGUGAAACUACCGGAGGUACUGGACCAUCAAAGCAUAUCUUAGAUACUGAAAAACAGAUACCCAAAAUACUGAGUCUAUAAACAGACUUUCUGGGUGUCUGAAAAAAAAAAAAUAAAGGAGGGAAUUUUUCUUAGACUGAUAUACUGGCAUCAUAUUUAUAGAUAUUUAUGGAAAGGAAUCAUGUGUUUAUUGACGUCUGUGGUAAUGAACGUGAAAUAACGUGCUUUUUGUUUUCUCAUCAGGUUUAUACAUUCUUAACAGAAUGCAAUAGACCCUGCUGUAACUGUCAACAUCAGUGAUGGAUGACAAUAUUUGUAUGAGGUUAUCUGUAAAAUGUACUGCUGUUAUUCAGUUCAUUUGGAAUAGUGAACUUGUAGCCAACGAUGUACGAGUCCCACAUUUUAGCUAGGAUGUUAAGAGCACGGUGAAAUGCUGUAGGAGUUUCUCUGUUGUUAAAUUAAUAGGAUCCAGAAUACCGUAUCUACUUAGUAGGUGGUAGCAUGCCUUCUUUUCAUAGAGAGUUUAUCACUAUUGUGAGCACUGCAAAUGUCACAGACUGGGUGCAAAAUUGCUCCUAAUAACUACAAGAAAAUACUUCAAAAUUCACAUUUGUUUAAUAACAAGAGUGGUGAGGAACAAGGAAGGACUAAUUAGAAGCAGGGGCUCCUAACAAGAUUGUAGGAGUUAAUCCUACACUUAAAAGAGGGCCUUGCUCUUUCUCCUAGUCCACGGUACAUUGCAAAAAGAACAAUCGUGAGCUUAAAAGCACCCUCAUGGCUGCAGAACACAGCUGCCCUUCACUGCCUGGUAGCAAGCACGCCUAGUAAGUAAAACACAGUGAAUUGUUAUUUGGAAAGCACAUCUCGGGAGCAGUGACCUCUCUGGGUGAUGCUUGCUCCUGGCCAGAGGGCUAGUGCCAAAUCUGUGCAGCAGCAGAGGCAUUUUGCAGGGAUGACAGGGACUGAGUGGUGUCUGGGCUGUGCGCAGGCCCAGGGCAGGCCAGCCUCAUCCUGCGAGGUCACAGGGUGGGAUGCCCACCCGCUCCCGAGGGCCGCUUUCCUCAGCCACAUGCCGACCCAGAGCUUGUGCUCCAUUUGCAAUAGGUCACAUGUGCAAAUGCAGGCUGGAUGAUACAUGGAUGGUGUCUGUACAUCUGCCUUACAGUGCAUAAGUGCCACAGCUCUCUGACGUUUAGUAUUAACAGUAACAAUUAAUGGUAUCUCUAGCUUAUCUUUAAAUGAAUAUGUUUCUUUGCUUGAACCUUACAUUAAGGCUAAAGAGCAUCUUGGUCAAAAGAAAACUCUUUCUGUGGGGUGGUGUCCCACCUCCAAUUCUCCCGUCCCACCCCAGUGCCUGUAGGAGAAAGGCACAGCAGCAGAAUGUACUCGGCUCCAUCAGCAGCUCCACGAGAUGGCUUUACUGCCUGGCGCCAGGGUGCUUCCUUAAACAAUUCCCCACAGCCCUUGGCGACAGGAAAAUCCUGAUUACGUAUAACUUACACAAAGAAUGUUUUAUUUGUAUCUAAUGUAAGGAUUUCUGUAACAAACUGUGAAAAAAAAAAGAUAAUGAAUUAAUUAAAAGUACAGGGCUGGAAAGGUCUAGAAUCCACAAUUGUACACAUGCCUAUGUUUCUGAAGACAAAUCUAUGCAGUUGUGUUGUAUUGUAGGAAAUUUCCUUUUAUGUAUAUAUAUAUAUUGUAAAUAAAUAGGAUGCUGUAUAUUUUUGCAGUUGUUUAUCCCCUAUGAUAUAGAAGUGUUGAGAUAGGCUCUGCAUAUUAUGAAUAAUUUUAAAUAGAAAGACAGAUACUUGAGCUUCAGACUUAGCAAAAUGUAUAUCCUUUCCUUCCUCCCAAGAGUUCACAAGUUAAAUCCUAAACUCGAAAUGAUAAUUGCAUCGCUAAUGUAACAAGAAAAAGAGAAAUAAAAGGUACAAUUAAAGUGCUAGGAUUAAUUCCAGUGCCUGGCUCCUUGUUUUCUCAAUAGCAAGUUAGCCAGUCUUCCUGCUGGGUAAAAUAUCUCCUUUCCUAAGGUCCCCUUUGGUACCCAGGUAUCUCUUGUCUCCUCAGCCGAGGGCAGGUGGUAGUAAAGUGCUGAAAAGGCUUCAUGCAGAAACCAGAGCAAACUGCAGCCGGCAAUUUGACACAGCAUUAUGCCAUGUUGUAUCCAGGCAUGUAUUUACCCAGCUAGUACAAACAGAAGUCAGGCAGGACUUCCACAUUUCCAUUUUCAGUCACCAGAAAUGCCUGUAGUUCAAAAAAAAAAAACCCAACAAACCAGCACUAGGAGCCUGGGGUGGGCAGCAAGCAGAGCAAUUUGUGCCCCUUCCUUCGGAGUCCUGCCACGGCCCCUGGCACACCGCUAUCAUCCAGCCAAAACCCUGGUACCUGAGCUACCCUCAGCACCCCUGGCAGAGACUGACUGUACAUCUCACCCCAGGAAUGGGCACAGGCCAGUAUUUUGGUCGUGGGAUAGCUGUGUGUCCAGGGGCAAGAACGAUGGGAGGAGAGGGCUGUGUAUGUCCUGAGAGGGCCUCUGGCAAAGGCCUUGCGUAGACUUUCUCGCUGGUAAAACACAGAAACGUGUGGUUUUGGUAUUGCUGAAAAACGGAGGUUGAGAAACACAUCUAAAAAGAAUUGGGGUUUUUUUUCCCAUGUUUACUUUACGGUCUUAGAUGAAACUUGAAAUAACAUUUGCUUUCACCAUGAGCACAAAUUUGAGGAAAAGACCUAUAUGCAGUCACUUCUACAGAGCUUUUCAAAUUAAUGUGAGUGUACAUUUUGUUUUCACUGUUACAGCCAACAAAAUGUAAACUGUAAAGGUAUUUUUCCACAAGACUUGAACUUUAACUUGUUUAUUGAAACCUGUUUUAGUGUCCCGAGGUAUGUCGAGGCUCACCCAGAUCCAGUAUAAACAAUACUGUUUGAACGAUGUACGCUUGAUAUAAGCUCAUCUCUAAUAGAUUGUUGAAGUGAGUCGUUGGUAAUGUUUCACUCCUGCUAACAUCACCAUACUUUGUGCUGCUCAUAUCCAAAUAAACGAUACAGUUUUUCAGUUUCUGUGUGUAAAUUAAAAAAAAAAAAAGUAUUCAGUUCUAUAAUC